GUGGAAUCUAUUAUAGAUUCACCAGCGAGAAGAUGGUUAAGUUGGAUGGACUGUUAUAACACUCUACCGAUGUACGGUGAUUAUGAAGCACAAAGACAUUGGAUGGAACUUACGUUACAUGUUCCAAUUAAUCAAUGGUAUUACUACGAUUUGGAUUGGUGGGGUCUUGAUUAUCCUCCGUUGACGGCAUAUGUGAGCUGGAUUUGUGGUAAAAUAGGUUCUAUACUUGAUCCAACUUGGUUUGCCUUGGAUAGUUCACGUGGUUAUGAGAGUGAUGAAAGUAAACUGUUCAUGAGGUCUACAGUCUUAGUUUGUGAAUUUUUGAUUUAUGUACCAGCAGUUUUAAUGUUUGUUAAUUGGUGGUUUGUUGGUAAUUCAUGGAAGAAGCGGGAAUUGGCAGUAUUGUUGAUUCUCUUGCAACCUGCCCUUAUAUUAAUAGAUAAUGGUCAUUUUCAAUAUAAUUCUGUAAUGCUUGGUUUAACCCUGUGGGCGGUCAAUUGUUUUUUCUAUGACUAUGAUGUUCUAGGAAGUGUAUUCUUUUGUCUUUCCUUGAGUUUUAAACAGAUGGCACUCUACUAUGCUCUCCCAAUUUUUUCAUAUUUGUUAGGAAAGUGCAUAAAGAAUGAUGUACGAGGGAUUGUGAAGUUGGGCAUUACAGUGAUUGUUACUUUUGGAAUAGUAUUUUAUCCUUUCCUAGGAUCUUUAGAACAAAUUUCACAAGUCAUUAUUCGCAUAUUCCCAUUACAACGUGGGCUAUAUGAAGACAAAGUCGCGAAUAUUUGGUGUGCAAUUAAUGUAAUUAUCAAGUUGAGAGAAAUUUUUGAUAUUCAUGUGUUGGCUAAAAUUAGCUUAAUUACCACCGUAUUGGCUAUUUUGCCAUCAUGCGUUUAUCUCGGAUUAAAUCCUGAUAAACGUUACCUUAUUUAUGGUUUAGCAAAUUCAUCACUAGCUUUUUUCAUGUUUUCGUUUCAAGUCCAUGAAAAAUCUAUUCUGUUACCUGUGUUACCUAUUUGUCUAUUAAUUUUAGAUGAUACUUUUUGGUGUUCUUGGUUUAUAAAUGUUGCAAUGUUCAGUAUGUUUCCGCUAUUGAAAAAGGAUAAAUUAGUUUUGCCAUAUUUUACUGUAUGGCUUAUGUGGAAUUGGAUUGGUUCUUUUAUCAAACAAGAUACCAAACCUAUAAUAUUAAAAUAUAUAUCAUGG